CUUUCCUUUUCUCUCUCCCUCCAGAUCCAAACCCAACCCAAAGAAAGUGCGCGUGUUGUUAUUUACUUGCUUUAAAACCCAACCCUACUACCACCGUAACCCUCCUCUUCUUCGUUUUUGGUCUUUACACCCUGGUUGGACCAAAGUCCUCUCUCUUUCUCUCUCUCUAACAUCUUCUAUUCAAGAAAAUCAGAGAGAGAGAGAGACAGAGAAACACUAAUCAAACCAUAUACACAUAUAUAGAUAGAUAGAUAGAUAUAAACUUAUUGUUUAUAGCUGUUUGAUUUGAAUGGCUCAAGCAACGAACGGUGGGGAUCUGAAUCAGAAUGGACAGCAGCAGAGUCAGCAGCAGUGGGCGCAGCCGCAUCAGUAUCAGCAGCAAUGGAUGGCCAUGCAGUAUCCAGCAACCGCCAUGGCCAUGAUGCAGCAGCAGAUGAUGAUGUACCCGCAGCAUUACAUGCCGUAUGUUCAUCCUCACCAUUAUCAGCCUCCGCCGCCGCCGCCGACCGCUCACCACCACCACCAGCAUCAUUUCAAGCAGCAGCAGACUCCGCCCCCGUCGUCUCAACCGCCACAGCAGCACCACAACAACCACCAUGGCCAGCAGAAGCAGCAAUCUGGCUCCAACGGCGAAGAGAUCAGGACGAUCUGGCUCGGCGACCUUCACCAUUGGAUGGACGAGAACUACCUCGUCAAUUGCUUUGCUCACACCGGCGAGGUUUUAUCAGCCAAGGUCAUACGAAAUAAGCAGACAGGUCAGUCAGAGGGAUAUGGAUUCGUGGAGUUUUAUUCACGAGCAACAGCUGAGAAAGUUUUGCAGAACUAUAAUGGUACAAUGAUGCCAAAUACAGAUCAGGCAUUCCGGCUGAAUUGGGCUACAUUCAGUACAGGCGAUAGGCGAUCUGAUGCUGCUACUUCUGAUCUCUCUAUAUUUGUGGGGGACUUGGCCAUAGAUGUUACUGAUGCUAUGCUGCAAGAGACUUUUUCUAGUAGAUAUUCAUCCAUUAAGGGAGCAAAAGUUGUAAUUGAUUCUAAUACUGGCCGUUCCAAAGGUUAUGGUUUUGUUAGGUUUGGUGAUGAAAAUGAGAGGACAAGGGCAAUGACUGAAAUGAAUGGCAUUUAUUGUUCAAGUAGGCCUAUGAGAAUAGGUGUUGCAACACCCAAGAAAACUUAUGGCUAUCAGCAACAAUAUUCUUCACAAGCCGUAGUGUUGGCUGGUGGACACCCAUCUAAUGGUGUUGUGGCCCAAGGUUCCCAGGCUGAAGGGGAUCUUAACAACACAACUAUAUUUGUUGGAGGGCUUGAUUCUGAUAUUGGUGAUGAUGACCUCAGACAACCCUUUUUGCAAUUUGGUGAGGUUGUCUCUGUGAAGAUUCCAGUGGGUAAAGGGUGUGGUUUUGUUCAAUUCGCUGACAGAAAAAAUGCCGAGGAAGCCAUUCAGGCAUUGAAUGGGACUGUAAUUGGGAAACAGACAGUGCGUCUUUCAUGGGGUCGCAGUCCAGGAAAUAAGCAUUGGAGAGCUGAUUCCAAUGGAAACCAUUAUGGUGGUCAAGGUUAUGGGAACCAUGGAUUUGCUGUGAAACAGAAUCAGGAUAUAGCAGUGCAGCCUGCUGCUGCAAUUCAAGGGGCUUCAUAAUGUGGCUUAGCUGACAAGUCGGUAUUGAAGUAGGAUGGAUUUUAUUAUUGCUCUCCAAGUAAAAUUGUAGUAUUAUUUUUAAAUUUUUGUAGCUUGAAUUAUAUUGGUAUGCAAGAUUGUAUUAAUAUAUAUAUUACUGUCUGAAAUUUUGGAUUGAACCUGACCAUAUUACAUGGCUCGGGUAUUUUUUAAAAAAAACCCUUGAAAGAUAUUGCUA